CCCCGUGCCAGUUUCAUGACCUCUGCCUCGGACCCGUCCAGCUCCCCACUCGACCUCGAGAAUAUCCGCCGCACCCUCACUCGCCUCGAGGACACCAUCAUCUUCCUCCUCAUCGAGCGCGCCCAGUUCGCCCACAACCCGCGCAUGUACACAAAGGACGGCUUUGCCGACGUCCUCCACCGCGACGGCUUCACCGGCAGCUGGCUCGAGUGGCUCUUGCGUGAGACCGAGACGAGCCACGCCAAGAUCCGCCGCUACGACAGCCCCGACGAGCACCCGUUCACGCCCCGCGCCGACCUCCCUGCCCCGAUCCUGCCCCCGCUCAACUACCCUCCUCUCCUCGUCGACCCGACCGGGAUCAACGUCAACCCGGCCAUCGUCACCUUCUACCUCGACUCGAUCGUGCCCUCGAUCACCCGCACCGUGACCGACCACCUCGGCAAGGCCAACGACGACGGCAACUAUGGCAGCGCCGGCACGCGCGACAUCGAGUGCCUCCAGGCCAUCUCGCGCCGCAUCCACUGCGGCAUGUUUGUCUCGGAGAGCAAGUUCCUGUCGCACCCGGCCGCGUUCGUGCCGCACAUCCUCAACCCGAACCCGGACGAGCUCCUCGCCCUCAUCACCAAGCCCGCCGUCGAGGCGGCGCUCCUCGUCCGCCUCGAGAACAAGGCGCGGUGGUACGGCGCCGAACUCGGGCCCGACGGCGAGCCCGUGCGCGACAGCGGCAAGGAAAAAGUCAGCGCCGAGGAGGUCGUGCGCCUCUACCGCGAGUACAUCAUCCCGCUCACCAAGGACGUCGAGGUCGAGUACCUCCUCCACCGCCUCGACGGACUCUCGCAGGCCGAGAUCGACGCCCUCGCAGCGCAACAGGGCCCAGCAUGAGCAUAAAGACGCGGCAACAGCUCGGCGUGCAAUAUCAUCUGUCCCGCGUCGAGCUCUCGCGGUCUCUCUCCG